CAACUAUUCCAUUAUCAUUAUUUUUCUGACUAGCUAUUAAUUACGUAUAAUUAUAAUUAUGCAAUCAGUCCUGACACUAAGUCGCUGGAAGCAGUUGUACAGUCGAGCUCCACUCAAGACUGUGUCACGCCGUGAUUUCAAAUCUCAAACUGAACCUCCUCAGAUAAGGCGAGAUUACCCACUGAAUUUAAGUCUAUCAAUAAGCGGAGGAAAAGAAACUAACAGGGAUUCCCUCAGUAAAGGCGAGCAAAGAUGGAAGUCUUUUGCACCCAAUAGAACAGAAAUAAAGGUGGACAGAAAUGACAUUAAGCGGAUUAUUACUGAUCUACAAGAUGAAAUCCCCCGAUCUUUAAGUGCAAUUGGUUUGUUAAAGAAUGUACUUGAGGGUCGGGUGGUGUGCAAGCUUCACACUGAUAGUUGGCCAUCGUUUAACACUAUGGUCUGUGAGGUGAUCUACCCAAGAGUGUCUGAGGUUGCUGAUCUGCUCUGCUAUUCACGAGGGUCUGGAGAGGAAAUGCUUAAACUUUUGCAAUUGAGCAAUGUUAUCUCAUGGGGAAAAAGGCAACAAAUUUUUCAUAUUGAGAGUGAGCUAAGUGAGUAUUUGGAGGAGAACCUGUUUGAUCCAUCAACUGGCAGCAGAGUGUUGAGUAGUUGUGAAGAAUCCGUGGUUGCUUAUGGCUUCCCUAAAAAAUUAACACCAAUACCAUGUCCUGACGGUUUCACUUUUGGACAUCUUUACGGAAAACAUACAUCCCUGGUUACUAAACAUCUGUGGAAGUUCCAAGACUGGCCUAGAGUGAACUCCUACUACAAGAGUCUCAUUUCUAGCUUUGAAAACAGAGCAAUCUACUCUAAUGAUAACAUGGACAGCCCUGUUGCAUGGAUAGUGCAGUAUCCAUUUGGACGCGCAGGUGGUUUACACACUUUGAAGGAGUAUCGAGAUAAACACUUUGGGACACUUCUUUCACUAGAGAUGAGCAAAGUUAUGGAAUCGAGAGGUUUUAUGACUUGGUCAAUCACGGAUAGCACUGCCACUAGAAAGAUUAUGGCGAAUAUGGGGCUUAGUGAGUCAGAAUCAAGAGUUAAGUGUCUUGUCACAUGUAAGCUUUAAUUGAGUCAUGUAACGCUUAUAUUGUAUGUAUACACUGUACAUGCAUGCUGUAUUUUUUAUUGCACAAAAUGCCUACAUUAAUAUUUUGUUCUGGGUCACAUGGCUGAUCGUUGUGCACUCAGCACAAGUCAGUAGUAACUUUUAAAUUAUACUCAGUUUUGUACCACCAUUGUUCUAAAUAUCAUAAUAAUUAUACAUCUUAA